ACUCUCCAUGUUGCACAUAAAUAUGUGUCACACUGCAACUGCAACUGUUUGACCCUCGGCCCCUCAAUGUAGCACCGAUCGCGGACUUGUCCCCGCGGCGAGCCCGUGGAAUGCCACGCUGACGGUUGUAUAAAUAAACUGCCGAUCAUGUUUGCGUGAUCGGCAAUCGGCGCCAUAGCUCCGCCGUUCUCAGCGCGUCAGUGUCCGUCCCCGCUGCGCCGUUGACCGCCGCGUCUGGUGGCUCGGUAUCUGGUCUGUAGUUACCGAUUAGCCCGUUCGACUCUGCUGCAGCCUGUGAAGCCGACCUACCUACCGUCAUGCGGCGGUUAUCUCAGCGCUGCGUUCCUGUCCUGGUUGCUCUGUGGUUGGUGAGCUGGUGCGGAGCCGACCAGCCUCAGCCAGUCAGCACCAGCACCAGUCCGGGGGAGGUGGUGCGACUUCUGGAGCAGAGGGUCACAGCUUGGCUACAGCCAGAGAUCGGCAGUCUAACUUCCCGCGUGGAGGCACUCGACUCGCGACUCAACUCGGUCGACUCGCGACUGAAUACUCUUGACGCUAGACUUCUGGCGCUGGAUUCUUCCCAGAACGUUCUCGGUUCCCGAGUGGACGAUCUGGCCUCUCAGCUCGCCACGAAGACGGCGGAUGACGGCGGACUGUCAGCCCGGCUGGGCGGCCUAGCUGCGCUCCUGGCAGCCCAGCAGUCCCGUCUGGACGGCUGGGCCGCUCAGAUGGCGGAGCGGUCGUGUGACCCGUCCCCGCUGCCCCGGGACUGCAGUGAGCUGCCAGCGGGCACCGCCAGCGGCAUCCAACUGCUGCAGCCGGGCCUGGACCGGUCCGCGCCCCCCACUCCGGCCUACUGUGACCUGGAGUCGGACGGCGGAGGAUGGACCGUCGUCCAGCGGCGUGCCGACAUCCAGCCCCGACAGGAGUUCUACCUCGGCUGGCAGGCGUACCGCGAGGGCUUCGGCGAGCUGGACAGGGAGUUCUGGUGGGGCCUGGAGUCGCUGUGGAGGAUGACCAGUCCGCGGGACCGCCGAUACCAGAUGCGCGUCGACCUGGCCGACUUUGGCGGAGUGAGGCGAUUCGCCGUCUACCAGCAGUUCCGAGUGGCGUCCGAGGCCGACGGCUACCGGCUCUCGGUGGCUAACUACAGCGGCGACGCCGGGGACAGCUUCAGCUACCACAAUGGCCACAGGUUCACCACCAGGGACAGGGACCAUGACCAAAGCCCAAAUAACUGCGCUCAAUUGUACAAGGGUGCUGGCUGGUACGACCAUUGCUACAGGCAAAAUUUAAAUGGCCAAUACCUGUCUGGAAUAACCGACAAUCACAAUGGUGUCAAUUGGAACCACUGGAGAGGUGACAAGUAUUCCGUAAAGGAUGUGGUGAUAAAGAUAAGACCUGCGUAGGUAGCGAAAUGAGACAGUGGGCGGGCAACAUAUCACCACAAAAACAAUAGCUGUUUCGCAUCGCCUCACAGUUCACACCCUUGGGCCUUGAUGCCAACGUAACAGCAUUGAACACAAGACUGACUGCCCAUUGAUUUCUAACUAGAUAGCUAUUAGAAGAUUCAGGUGAGUGGUGACCUCAAACAGGAAGCAAACUUAGACCAAAUCUUCAACAGAGUAGCAGAGCAGUGAUCAUCCGGACCCGAGCAGGCUCGAGUGGGAACGUGGAAGCUUUGUUUUGAAUCUCAAUCUUGGGCAAGGUCUUGGAGGAUCCGUGCGCAGUCAUAGAUGAGCCAUAGGCUUAGAUCAAUAUGCAUACAUAUGGCAUACCUACAUGCUAAACACUGGUUGAAAUAUUUGCCAGCCAUGCGGAUUGAGUGCUGAGCAGUGAGCAGUGAAAUAAACAUGAACGAAAGUACGAAA